UUUCUUCUGUGUGUAUCCUGAGUCACAAUGUUUUACAGCACAAAAAAGUGGAAUGCACUGUUUCAUCUAAAACGGAAGUCAGCUUCUUUGUUUCCCAUUAAACGCUAAACUAAAUGAAAAGCACAUGACUAUGCUUAAGUCUUUAUUGCAUGAAACUGCAGUUGUUCCAGUAAAAACUUUCAACGAUAAGAGCAACUAGAUUAACAUAUUAAGCUGGAUCUAUUCCAAUAUAUUAGCUGAGCAAGGCUGAUUUAUUAUUUAACAUUAUUUUGCAUGUAAGACUGCAUGGUGACGCAGUCUUCCUUACCCCAGAGAAAGUACUUUUACAGGCGGCCAAUUUUUGCAGUAGCAUCAUUUUAGUCUGUUGAAAAUAUUCUUUAACUUUUCUCUGACCAUUUGGAGCUAAUUUACAGAGCAUUAUAUUGAAGACAAUCAUAAAAGGGAUCGCCAUCAGCAAGAACGUUCUUCCAGCUCAAUACAAGCCUGAACUUCUGAAAUGAAGACUUUGCAGAAGCUUGGUCUGUUUUUCUAUUUUUUUAUGCCCUUGGUGAAGUUAGCACCACCUAAUCAACAACACACAACCCCGUUUUAUGACCAUGGUUUGGCCCCUCUUGAAGAUCCAAUAUUCAAGCAAGGUAACGAAGACAUAUUAUUUGAGGAAGAUUAUGAAGACAAACCACAGGAUGCUGUGUACAAGGGAAAGAAUGGUAUGAUCGUUUUCCAUGAAAAUGAAAUACAAAUGCAGGGAGAUGAAGAGGCAACUGGAGAGGGAUCAACGAAUUAUACAGACUUAGCUACUUGCCUGCUAUGUGCUUGUUUAAGCGGUUCAGUUUACUGUGAAGAAACAGAUAUCGAAAGUGUCCCUCCUCUACCAAAGGAAACAGGCUAUCUUUAUGCACGUUUCAACAAAAUCAAGAAGGUGAAAGUCUCUGAUUUUGCUGACAUUCCCACCCUACGAAGAAUUGAUUUCACUGGAAAUAGGAUUCAAGAAAUUGAAGAUGGAGCCUUUGCAAAACUCCUAUUAUUAGAAGAACUUUCCCUUGCUGAUAACGCAAUUGUCAAACUUCCAGUUCUGCCACCCAAGCUAACUACAAUGAAUGCGAACAACAACAAAAUCAAGAGCAGAGGAAUUAAAGCAAAUGCUUUCAGGAAGCUGACCAAUUUGGCUUAUCUCUACCUCGCACAUAAUGCACUGGAGACUGUUCCUCUUAACUUGCCCGAGAGCCUGCGUAUUCUGCACCUUCAGUACAACAACAUAACCAGCAUCACUGAUGAAACAUUCUGCAAAGGAAACAAUCAGACCCGUUAUGUUCGACAGCGCAUGGAUGAAAUAAGAAUGGAAGGCAACCCAGUCAUUUUGGGAAAGUACCCAAAUGCUUACAUGUGCUUGAAAACAUUGCCUAUAGGUACAUAUUUUUAAUUGCAAAAAAAAGGUGAAAAACAGGUAAAGAUUACCAUUAUAUCACUGUUUAAAUAUGUCUUUCUAUGUUAAUAUCUUUCCAGUAUAUCCAAAAUGUUUAGCAAUUUAAUGUAUAUAGUUAUGCCUUAACUUGAUGAAACUACAACUUGUAUUUUAAUAAGCCCAAGCCUUUUUUAUUUCCAAAACAGAGACUCAAACACUCUUGAUUCAAAAGGACACACUCCAUUUUUCAAACGACUGAAGGCAACUUAAAAGAAAAACAUUCACACUGAAAAUUUAAAACUUUAUGAAACAAUAGUUUGGCGUGUUUGAAAGAAAAAUACUGGUUUGAGUACAUAUGUGGCAAAAGAAUAGUAUAGGGUACGUGAAGUAAACCAUAUUUUUUGGUUGUGGCCAGAAGAUCUUGACGUUUUCAAGGGGCUUACUUUUAUAGUACUGUACUUGCUGUCUAUUCUGUUCCCAACUGGCAAAAACUGUGAUCUCUGCACACAAAUCUAACUCAACAUCAUUAUGAAAGUAUGUGCAAUCAAAAAUAAACACAACCAAACUAUCUAAACCUGAUUUGGCACUGUAAGUACUGGAAUAAACUACCCAGGAAAUAUAGAAAACACAAAAUAUUCUGUUUCAAAUUGACUGUUUUCUAAUACAUUAUACACUGAAGUAAUUGAAAUAAUUGGAGGGAUUUAUGACAGUAAGAUCAGAGAAAGAAACUAUUAGUUCUAGCAGAAAUGUUUUAGCUUGAACAUUACAGAUUAAAAAGAGUCCAGAAGUUGUUAAGCUGCUUAGGAAAGUUAUGGAACAUUUAUUAGAGGUUUUCCUAAGGUGGAGAAAUUGUAAGUACUUUGGAUGGUUUUAGUUUAGGAUAAACUGUUCUGAACAGGAAACUCCCCACUUAUUCCACUGAGUUUCUUAGAAAAUUUUAACAUGCUAAAAUAACCAGAAACAGCUAGAUAGUAAUGUAUAAUGUUAACUAGUUGUGCAUUCUUCUUACAUAAUAUUUGGAAAGUUAAAUGUUAAAAUGAAGCCUCAAUUAAUACAACUACUUAGGAAAAGUGGGGACCUAAAACAUCAGUAUGUGAAAUAGAAGCUUCCUUGCAGGCAUCUUCUUCCUCAUUAAAUUCUAAUUUGCACUCACUCUCUUAGCAUAUAUUUGGUUAAGAUACAUAUAUUCUUUUUGAUUUAAUUAUUCACUGGUACUGAAAACAAUUGUAAAGCUAAUAAGCUCUACUGUAACUAUGUUAUCUUAACAAUAUAAUGUAUCAGAUCUCAGUUACAUGAUGAAUUUAUGAUGUGAAUCCUUUAGAGAGUUGUUUCAUUUUAGUCUGCACUUGCUCCUUAUUGUCUACAAUACAUGUCUAAUAAAACCAAUCACUAGAAAGAAAAAGAAGUCAAGCCA